GGGGGUAUAUAAGCGGCACAGUUCUCUUCCUGUGGCUCUUAAGGGUUGACUUCCCUCAGCGUACACUCGUUUUCUCGUGCAGCCAGUACUUCACUUCUCCACCACCAUGAGCUUCUACGUACCUCAGGCCUCUCACAUGUCCUUCACCCGCUCUGUGCCCGCACACCGUGCUGCUAGUACGUAUGGUGGGGCAGGUGGACAGGGCACCAGGAUCUCGUCCGUCUCUUCCAUGUCUCUCCGUUCGGCCCCUAGAAGUGGUGGCCUUUCCUCUUCCUCGGCCUACAAGGUGAGCUCAGCCAGCAUGGGUGCUGGUGCAGGGGGGUCCCUCAGGGCCAGUGCUGGCUCCUCAGGGGCCCAAAUGGGCAAUGAGAAAGGCCAGAUGCAGAAUUUAAAUGACCGUUUGGCCACUUACCUGGACACGGUGCGCAGGCUGGAGCAGGAGAACAGCAAACUGGAGAUGCAGAUCAGAGAGGCCCUGGAGAAAGGUGGACCAGAAACUCGCGACUACAGCAAGUACAACGCCAUCCUGGAUGACCUGAGGAGGAAGGUGUUUGAUGCCACUGUGGACAAUGCUGGUUUUGUUCUGCAGAUUGACAACGCUCGUCUGGCAGUAGAUGACUUCAGAGUCAAGUUUGAGAAUGAGAUGGCCAUCAGGCAGUCUGUGGAAGGAGAUAUUGCAGGUCUGAAGAAGGUCAUUGAUGACACCAAUAUUGGACGCCUGAAUGUGGAGGGUGAAAUUGAGUCUUUGAAAGAAGAGCUUGUCUUCCUCAAGAAAAACCACGAAAAUGAAGUUGGGGAGAUGCGAAACCAGAUCUCACAGUCAGGUGUUCAGGUGGAUGUUGAUGCACCCAAAGGACAGGAUAUGGCUCAAGUGAUGGAAGAUAUGAGGGCUAACUAUGAAAAGCUAGCUCUCAAAAAUGCAGAAGAGCUCAAAAUGUGGCACGAAUCCCAGUUGUCAGAAGUUCAGGUGCAGGUCGCUCAGAACACAGAGGCAUUACAAGGAGCUCAGAUGGAGAUUAAUGACCUUCGGCGACAGAUGCAAACGCUACAAAUAGAGCUCGCAUCCCAACAAAGCCUGAAAGCGUCACUUGAAGAUACCCUGCGGAACACAGAGCAACGUUCAAAUGCAGAGAUGGAGAAGUACAAUACCAUCAUUCUGCAGUUUGAAGCUGAGCUGGGACAGCUGAGGUCAAAUAUCACAGAGCAGGGUCAGGAAUAUGAAGCCUUGCUAAAUAUGAAGAUGAAACUGGAAGCAGAGAUCAGCACUUACAAGAAACUUCUAGAUGGAGAAGACUUCAAGUAAAGACAUAAAACUCCAGGAUGCACUAGACGGCCGCGAGUGAUAUUACAAGCGGCAAUCUUGAAGAGCAGACCACAGAAUGUGGGCUAAACGACUCCUCAAAUAAAGUUACGAUUUUAGAUAGCA